UGACAAAGUUGGUAAAGUCCAAAGAUAAUGGUAGAUUGGUGGUUGGUGAUAGAAUACGACCGCGGGAUCAACGAUCCUCCCGAAGAACUAUAACGUCUUUCUCUCUUAUGCUCUCAAAUCUCGCCUUACCAAACGCUCUAAAUUCAUUGGAGAUCAAAAUUCCAUUUUUUCAAUUCUCAAAACUUUGCGUCUUUCUUCUGCAGAUAAAAUACUGUAUUACAGGUAGGUGAACCUCAAAUUCAUGGCUCAGUCUGCUAGCAAUUCAACAAAAAAGCUAGUUCGAAUCGAUAUCAGUUCAGAUAAUCUAUGUCCGUGGUGCUAUGUGGGCAAAAUUAAUCUAGAUAAAGCUAUUGCUGCAUCAAAAGAUCAAUUCGAUUUUGAGAUACAUUGGCACCCGUAUUUCCUCGAGCCUUCUGCUCCGAAAGAAGGUGUGAACAAGAGGAAUUUCUAUAAAAGGAAGUUUGGUUCUCAGUACGAGCAAAUCAUAGAUCACACAGUUCAGGCAUAUAAGAGCCUUGGCCUGAACUAUAACAUGGACGGGUUAACGGGAAAUACUCUGGAUAGCCACAGGCUCAUAUAUUUUGCAGGAAAGCAAGGACUCGAUAAGCAACACGAUCUUGUUGAGGAGCUUUUUCUCGGAUACAUGACACGGAGAAAAUAUAUAGGUGAUUGGGUGUUCCUAGUGGAAUGUGCUAAGAAGGUUGGUGUAGAAGGAGCAGCCGAGUUUCUUGAGGAUCCAAACAAUGGCCUGAAGGAGGUGAACGAAGAUUUCGAAAAAUAUUCAGCACACCUUGGUGGUGUUCCCUACUAUGUGAUCAAUGGCAAGCACAAGUUCAGUGGUGGGCUGCCGCCGGAAGGCUUCCUUCGAGCCUUUCAAGUUGCUACUAAGUAAUGCCAUGAAUUCUUAAAACACACCAUUUGUACGAGUAUUUGAUCCACUGUAUUUGAAUUUGUACAUUUUCUUUUUGCAAAUUAUGAACUAAAAACUGUGUAAUCACUAUGAUAUAUAAUAAUGGUGCCAUUUAGCAUGGUUGGAUCUA